AUGGCAGAACUCCCACCCCUUCCAAAGUACUUCCUGAUUCUUGUGAGCCUGCCUGGGCCGCCGUUGAUUACCAUAGGCAAGCUAGAUGAGCGGGUUGGGCAGCUAGCAUCUGAAGUCUACCCUACGGCACCGCGCGAAGAGCCACCUGGUGAAGCACUAGUACACAACAUUACAAAGAUUCUGAUGGCACGCUGGAGUCAGAUUGAUCCAUCGAAAUCAAAAGAUGAGCGGACAAUAUACAACCAACUGGGUCGGCGUGAGCUCAUGGCUGCAGCAACUCGUCGCAGAUGCAAUCUGCUAGUCAGACUACCAGGUCAUCAUCAACAACCUGAAUCGGAACGUCAAAUUACUCAGCCUGGCCCGCGAGACGAGCAGCCUGCCGCACGCAUGCAGCGACGCAGCCGUGGACGCAAUCACAAGAAGGCACUCAGAAUCCACCGAGACCACAUUCGGCUCGGAGCCCAGCAGGAAAUUGCAGAGGCAGAGAGCAAGCGUUAA